CGCUUGAGUCCUUCGAUAAACGCCGCGCUGAAAACAUCCUUUGCCCCAAGAAUAACCUUUAGCAAAAGUGUUAAACUAGUGAGUCCAGUGCGUGGUGCGAACUUUCCGCGGACCAAGAGUGAAAAGCAGUGCUUGAGAAAGCCAAACAAAGAGGAUUAAGCCCGAGGCGAGCGGCAGGAAUAAUUGUAACAUUGUUUGCCAGCGCCUCUUUUAUAAGGUGUUUGACUGUCACGCCGCCGGAAAGUCGAGGGGUCGUUUUCUCUCUGUGUGCGUGUGUCUGUGUGUGUGUUGUUGCGGCAUGCGUGCCAGUAAUUUGCAUAAAAAGCCCGUCUAACUCGAGUUCUUUUUUGUUGCGCGGCGUGAAUGAAAGAUUGCCAAACAUUCCGAGACUCGCUGGUGAAAGUUUCGUGUGAGCAUUUAAAUUGCCCUGCAACAAUGGCAAGUAGAAGCGUUUUGCGGCCAAUCCUGCUGGCGGUGGUGGUGCUACAGAUUUUCACGUUGGCAACCGUCAGUGGUGCGGCCAGCGGUGGCGUUGUCCUGAGCGACGUGAACCACAUGUUGCGCGAUGCCAAGGGCACAACCUCCGAAAAGCCCCAGCACCAGAAACCGGAAACGGAGGCGCCGGAAUCCAGUGUGGAGCUCCUGCGCUUCGUCGAGGACGAUGAGGAUAGCGAGGACAUCAGCUCGGCGGAAUCCUUAUCGAAUGGCAGGUCAAUGGAGGCCAACAAAAUGGCCGAUCAGGUGCGCCUGCUGACCAAACAGCUCAACGCCCUGAUGUUGCGUCGUCGCGAGGAUUACGAGAUGCUGGAGCACAAUCUGCGCAAAUCCCUGCGGCUCACCACGAAUGCGGCCACCGUGGAUGCCGAUAUGCGCAGCGAGCUGAACCAACUCAGGGAGGAGGUGGCUUCGCUGCGAUCCUCGCAGAGUGGCAAUAAGGAGCGCCUGACCGUCGAGUGGCUGCAACAGACCAUCUCCGAGAUCCGAAAACAGUUGGUGGAUCUGCAGAGAACGGCGGGAAAUGUGGCCAAGGAUGUGCAGCAGCGGAGCUCCACCUUCGAGGAUUUGGCCACCAUUCGCAGUGACUACCAGCAGCUGAAACUGGAAUUGGCCGCUCAACGGGAACGCCAGCAGCAAACGGAGGUCUAUGUCCAGGAGCUUCGGGAGGAGCUCCUCCAGCAGGAGCAGGACUUCCAGCACGCACUCGCCAGGCAGCAGCGAAGGAUCAAGGUACGCAAGGAUGGCGGAUCGGCCAGCGUGGAGGAGGAGAGCGGCAGCCAGGAAGUUAGCCAGGAGCCCACUGGAGUUGAAUCCACCGCGGAUCACAAGCGUCGUCACUGUCGUUUCCAGAGUGAGCAGAUCCACCAAUUGCAAAUGGCCCACCGAAAUCUGCGCCGCCAGGUGAACGGAUUGAAGUUCCAUCACAUCGAUGAAAGGGUUCGCAACAUCGAGGUGGAGCAGCACAGGAUCGCCAAUGCCAACUUCAAUCUGAGCAGCCAGAUUGCCUCGCUGGACAAGUUGCACACUUCGAUGCUGGAACUCCUGGAGGAUGUGGAGGGUCUCCAAACCAAAAUGGACAAGAGCAUCCCGGAAUUAAGACACGAGAUCUCCAAGCUGGAGUUCGCCAAUGCGCAGAUCACCUCGGAGCAGAGUUUGAUUAGGGAGGAGGGCACCAAUGCGGCCCGAUCCUUGCAAGCGAUGGCUGUCAGUGUGAGUGUCCUGCAGGAGGAGCGCGAAGGGAUGCGCAAGUUGACCUCCAACGUGGACCAGCUGAGGACCAACGUGGAUCGACUGCAAUCCCUGGUCAAUGAGGAGCAAAAUAAGCUCUCGCACCUGAACAAGCCCCACAAGCGACCGCACCACCAGAGCAGCCCGAACAACCAGAACAACCAUCAGGAGCUGUCGCCGCAGGAGGAUCAACCCAUCGACUCCGUCCUGGCCGAAACGCUGGUCAGCGAACUGGAGAACGUGGAGUCGCAGUACGAAGCCAUCAUCAACAAGCUGCCGCACGAUUGCAGCGAGGUGCAAGCCCAGACAGACGGACUGCAUCUGAUUGCGCCGGCGGGCCAGAGGCAUCCGCUGAUGACGCACUGCACCGCCGACGGCUGGACGACGGUUCAGCGGCGGUUCGACGGCAGCGCCGACUUCAAUCGCUCGUGGGCGGACUACGCCCGGGGAUUCGGAACGCCCGGCGGCGAGUUCUGGAUUGGCAACGAGCAGCUGCACCACCUGACCCUCGACAAUUGCAGCCGGUUGCAGGUGCAGAUGCAGGACAUCUACGACGACAUCUGGGUGGCCGAGUACUCGCGGUUCUACAUUUCGUCCCGCAACGAUGGCUAUCGGUUGCACAUUGCCGGCUAUUCGGGGAACGCUUCGGAUGCACUGAACUACCAGCAGGGAAUGCAGUUCUCGGCCAUUGACGACGAUCGGGACAUCUCGCAGACGCACUGUGCUGCCAACUAUGAGGGUGGCUGGUGGUUCUCUCAUUGCCAGCACGCCAAUCUCAAUGGGCGAUACAACUUGGGGCUGACUUGGUUCGAUGCCGCUCGCAACGAAUGGAUAGCGGUCAAGUCAAGCCGGAUGCUGGUCAAGCGCCUGCCCGCCGUUGAGUGUCAGGCUACCGUUUCUGUUCCCGUUUCCGUUUCCGGUGCAACUGCUGCUGCUGCUGCUGCUGCAACAACAACAACAACAACAGCAGCGCCAACGGGAACGGCAGCGACAACGGCGAAAGCCGUUAACAAAGUGGUUCAAUUCGUUGCCGCCGGGCAGGCGUAAGUGAGUGGGGGAGAUAUAAAGUACAGUAAGACCGCUACAGUGAACCACCAGAGCCAUGCCUACUAUAGUUGGGAGUCCACUGUUUGUCUGUGGGAUAGUGGAUCUGGAUCUGGAAUUCGGAAUCUGGGAUCUAAAAGAUCGUAGUUAAUAGUGUAAAAAAAAACAAAAACAGAAGAGCAAACAUUGUAAAUACUCAAAGGAAAAACAAAAACAAAAACCGAUCAGAACUAAGUUGUAGCAUUAAAUUUCGAAUGGAGCUUACACCUAGGCGUAUGCGUAAUUUAGUUGGCAAGCUAACACACAGCCCGUUCUACCCGUAUAAAUAUUCGAUUCUUUGGUCUUUCAACAAGAUCUCAUAGAGGCUUAAGUUCCGCACUAGCUCCAAACUAAAGCGAGACAGACAGAGAAAGAAAGAGACAGAGAGAGAGAGAAAAGGGGAUGGUGAGAGGGAGAUAGAGAGAGCAUAUCAUUUAAGCGAAUUCAGAGUUAAUGUGUCUAGAAAUAAUAUUCCCUCCCCCCUCCCCCCGUAAAACUAAAUCUAAAUCUAAUCUAGUUGUAAUGUGUAAAAAGCCUAAACUCGCUUAGGCUAAUCUCAGACAAAUAAUAAAUAUACAGAGAACUUUGUAGCCUAAGUCAGCAUAUCAGUCAUAUGGAGUACACAUCUUCUAGUUAUAGCGUUGGUAAAUGUACUUGUACUUGUAAUUGUUGUACCAUAAAAUAGUCUCUACGCAUUCGUUUUCCCGCUUACUAAGUGUCUGCUUCAGUCGAAAUCCAAAAAAAAAAGAAAAACCCAUUUACCCCAAACCGAACCGAAACCUAUGGAGUCGCAAAAUGCCAAAGAGAUCGAGUCAGAAAUAGAAACAGAAACAGAAACAGAAGCCGAUGAUAUGCAAGUUUUCACGCAUCAAGAAACUGAAACUGAAACUGAAAUCGAAACCGAAACUGAAACUGAACUAUUUUCUGCUGUUUUGCAUAUACCAAAAAUAACAAACAAAAUGAAACAAAUGAAGUGAGCGAAGGGCAGAAACCAUAAGAGCUAAAAAAUGCAUUUAGCAAUUAAGUUAUGAACUAUCUUAUGUAUACAUUAAUUUUAUGUCCUGUAAGUUAAGCGACUAAAAACAAAGGAAAACAAGAAAGCUUGGCCCUAAGACCGGCAUAUUUUACAAUAAAUGAAUUGAUGUGAAAAGAAAAA